AUGAAGAGAGAUUUGGAAGAUUCAGAUAGCGACGAUGAAUACAUUGGACCAUCUUUGGAAAAGCACGAAGGAGAGAAAUUUCACGAGAACGACGAAAAAAAGAACGACCCUGUAAAUUCAGACUUGAAAAGGCUGCAAAAAAAGCGUCGUUUCGACACCUUCGAGAACAUAAUACCUCUGCUGGAUCGAAUCACACAUUCAGAGGAUCAAGAUUCGCCUUUAAGGGUCUUGGAAAACUACAGAGGCAACUCUUUAGUAGUUGGAGCAUUCAAAAAUGGCACCGUGAGAUUUUGGCACAAGAACAAGAACCAGCUAGACUUGAUAAAAUCGUAUGUUGCCCACCCUGGAAAGGCUGUUCAUGGGCUCAAUUUGUCUUCUGAUGGAACUCGUGCAGUUUCGAUUGCAGAGGGCGACAUGGUUGCAAAGAUAUAUGAUCUCGUGACUAUGGACAUGAUCCAAUCUGUGAAUUUAGGAUUCGUGCCCAAAAAUAUUUGCUGGUAUGGAGACACUACAAAACGAAAGCUUAUGGUGACCACGCUAUCCAAUGAGGUUUCGAGAGUUGUAUCUGUUGAUCCCGAAGAUGACGUUCAAGUAGAAGUCAAAUCGAUGCAUAAAAGUCGCAUAAAUUACUUGGUCUUCAAUACCAAAUUUCAGUGCUUUAUAUCUCUGGAUGAGAACGGAAUUAUUGAAGUUUGGAACGAGAACGGCAAUAUACCCAGUCUGGUUGGGUUUCAGUAUAAAUCCCAAACAGAUUUAUUUGCUUUGAAAAAAGUAAAAUCUGUGGUUUCUCACCUUGCCGUCUCUCCUAGCGAGAAUUACUUUGCAACUAUAAGUCUUCCUGAUAGUAAGCUCAGAAUCUUUUCCAUGAAGUCUUGCAAGGUUAUACAAGAAAAAAACUGGGUUUCUCCCAUGUUGAAAUUUGACUCGUACAGUCCGACAAUUGUCUUUGGUACAAAUACUCCAAUUUUAGCAUACACCGGUUCCAGAGGAAUUGAAUUUCUAGACAUUGAAAACGGUGCCGUUUUGAAGACUUUGGGAGAGCAGGACCAACGGCUACAAAAUAUAGUGUUCGACAAAUUUGUAUGGUGUUGGGCAUCAGACAUGAGUGGAUUGAGUGCGGAAAUGUUGACUUCAAAUAAUACCUUGCUUAACCAAAAACUAGAAAAGAACCCGGUGGUUGUGGCAUCUGCGAUAAACACAUCUAGGCUCUAUGUCUUUGGACAAACAGGUUCAAAGCUGACCGAACAAAAAUCACCAAAAAAACCGAAUCCUCUGGUUACUCUCCAUACCACCAAAGGCGAUAUAAAGUUGGUUCUUUUUCAAGACAAGGCUCCCAGGACGGUAGAAAACUUUCUUCUGUUGUGUAAGACCAGAUACUACAACCAGAUCAUUUUCCACCGAGUAAUUAAAGGAUUUAUGAUCCAAACCGGCGAUCCUAAAGGUGACGGAACCGGAGGAGAUUCUUCAUUUAGAGGCGAUUUUAACGAUGAAUUCCACCCGGACCUCAGCCACUCACAACCAUACAUGGUUAGCAUGGCCAAUGCUGGCCCAAACACGAACAGAUCCCAAUUUUUCAUCACCACUGUUUCGGCUCCGCAUCUUGAUAAUAAGCAUACUGUUUUCGGACGAGUUGUAGAAGGCAAGGAAGUUGUUCAAGCCAUUGAGAAUGCAAAAACUGACAAGGCGGAUAAGCCCAAGACGCAAAUUGCCAUCGUUUCCACGAGUAUAUAUGAAUAA